AUGGACUGCGGGAGUGCUGGUACGGCUGUGGGCAUCGACCCAAAAAUCCUCGACAAUUGGCAAACGGAGUCUGCUUUCUCCAUUCCUUCCUGGGAACAACCGGGUUGUGAGCAUCCGCUAGAUUGGGACGCCAGCCCGGAUUCAAGUCAGGGCGAUGGGGAGAUUGUCGAUUUAAAUGCCCUUAAUGGACCCUUGUCAAAUGAGCAUCCCAAUGUCUCGUUUAUGGGACCAUCAAACAACUAUCAGAGAGGCGACAACAGUAAUCAGUCAACUACGCCUCCCGAGAAGUUCAGCACUGCCGAUGCCACGUUCGAAGCUGUUCAAUACCAUGACCGCUGGAGCCUCCCCUUGGAAACUCCUCUCCUCUACCCUUACACGAAAGAGCCCGCUACUUCCGGCAAUACCGUGAUUGUUGAGGAUGUCGGGGAGUUACCACAGGAUCCUGGAUUCCCGGACGUUCCGCCCGGCCAGUUUUUGUCGUUCCAGAAUAUGACCCAAGCGUUUCAAUUUCCGACGACGGAGACCUGGGCCGAGUCCUCCACGAGCCCAUCUGCCGACCAGGUGGCUAAUCAGAUACCAGUUGCGGCAUCGAUGGCGUCUCAGCUCCCAAAUAAGGGGCUGAACGCUUUGCGCGGCUUUGAUGGGCCGAUGCGCUCACUUGAAUCGCGCUGGCUGCAGAGCCUCGAGUCCCAGUUGCCUACAAACAUGCCUCCUGCAUCGUUGUCGACAACCUCCCUUCAACCCAACUUUUACAGAGAAACCAACAGGAAGCAGGAUGGAUUUCAGUACAAAUCGGAAAGCUCGUCCGUGUCGGGUGAUUUAUCUGGCAUUUACGAAUGCUCUUACUCCGCCACCAGCGAUGAGAUCCCUGCGUUUCCCGAGCGAAAAUUGGAAGAAGACGGCACUUGGCAUGUCUCACCAAAGGGGGAUGUGGCUCCACCGGAAACGACCCAGUCACUACAGAGUGCAGCUGCGUUUAUGGUCAGCGAGACUCCAUCAGAGCAGUUACUUGCUUCCGCUCCCUCGAGGUCUAGAACUUCGUCAAAUGCGCCACAGCAAGCGACCCCUCGGCCACAGUCCCUCGGAGUUCAGUCUGUUGCGACGGUCAGGAAGCGUAAACAACGUGGCUCAAAUCUGUCGUUAGACAGCAAGCCAAAGCCGCUUCAGAUUGUGCAAGAGGAUGGCCAGGGUGGAUCGAUCGCGUCCGCUGAUUUCGUAUCUCCGCCACGCGGUGCGCGUCGUAAGGGUCCCUUGAGUAUGGUAGGCCGCGCGAAUGCAGGUUUGCGGAGAAAGAACAAGGACACUUGUGUCCAAUGUCGAUUAAACAAACGAAAGUGUGAUGGCAAUGCUCCAUGUGAUGCUUGUCGUCCGACGCUCCACGAACAACCAUGUGCACGAGCGUGCUUUGCCAACAUUGUCGAAUAUGGGACAUGCAAUUACAUAUCUCAACGAGCCAUCAACCAUCCUACUUUGGAUAGGUCUGGCCGCGUGCGGAUGGAAAUUCCAUUUGAGUUCGACCUGAGUAAUCUUCUUUCAUUCCUUGGUGAGCGGCAAGGACGAUUCAACAUUCGCGCCAGCCAAGCUUGGGGAUCACUUUACGUCCUGGACCUGAGCGAAACUUUUAAAUUCCUCCGAAGUUUGAGUGAUUACAACGGCAACUCCCGAUCCAACUUUCUGGAAUUCAUUGAUCGGCGGAUUGUGGAGUCGAAGGAUAAGUCAAAGAACUGGCUAACAUGUGUGAAGGACUGUGACCCAAUGAGCAAUAUCUACUCUCUCCUCUCUCAGUGGAACAAUAUGCCCAGCCGUGCGAGCUACAGCUUUGUUCCUGUUCAAGAAGGGGACCAAGAAAGACCCAUGGACAUUCGUAACCCGGAUGAUCAGCGAGAGAUCCUUCUCGCGGCGCAACUGUCCCGAAUUGUCUGCCGGAUGCUGGAAGUGGAAGGAUUCCGCAAGCUUGAGCGAGACUUUUACAACAUCAAAUGGAAGCAGAUCUCUCAGGAAACGCACCUUCGAUUCCUGAGCGAGCUGGGCCAUAUCCUUCUUACUCUUCGCUGGCGAGUUUCCUGGUGGAAACGCCUCGGCGACGGCGGCCGGGAACCGGAUCCGACCAAGCAACAUUACGUUGAUCGCGUUGAUCUGCUGUGCAGGAUUCUUUACGUUUACUAUACCUGCGUGCUUGCGAAGCUUCCUUCAUGGUCAGCCUCAGAAGCUCCCAAGGGGGUGUGGUCCACCUACCCGGACUCCAAAAAUGCCAUUUGGGACGACUUCCCGGUGGAUUCCAGUGAUGAAGGGUUCCAAAAAUGGAUGGAGAGGGGACAGGAACUGAUCGAACAAGCUGUUGACCCAAGCCGCGUGUCUAAAGCCUAA